UCUUCUUCUACCUACGCCAACAACUUUUUACUGUGUGUUCCCGUUCGAUGUGGCCUACAGACCUAAUUUUCGCGUUGUGCGCGGAAUAGUUUUUCCCGAAAAAGUGAAGCCAGCGAAUAAACAAUAGCCAAAAGAAAGCGACAGCCAGGAAAGUGAGAGUGAAAGUAAACAAAAGCGAAAGAAGAACUCUGGCUCUGGCUGUAGCGUUUAUUGUGUGUGUAUAUAUUUAAUAUUUCCGAUGCGUCCAUAACGGGAGUGUGUUUUCGCUUCCCCUUUCGUCUGCUCACCGUCCCUCCCCCCUCCCCAGGCCCACGAUUUCGAUGUGCAAUUUUGUAUAAAAAUUAACACAAAGUGGGAAGAUAGCGUUGUGUCACAGAAUUGGAGCAAAGGCGAAAACAAGGCGAAAUUAGCGGAGGCAAACGGAAAAACAACAACACAGAGUGCCCAGUGGAACCCCAGUACAUAUGUGUAUAUACGCGGUGUGAGUGUGUGUGUAUAGUAGGAAUUGCAAUUUAUAGUUGUUGUUCUGUUUCCGAGAGCUUUCGCUUGUUGCGCGCGUGCGACGAUUGUGCAAGAAGUUCAGUGUGUGUGAAAAUCGGGAAGAGGAAAUAGCAGAGAAUGGAGGGAGAGUAACAUGGGUAUAAGUACAAAAGAAUUAGAGGAAAAAAUAAAAAUAAAUAAAUCGCCAAUGCGUUCGGCGUCGCGUGUGUGUGCGUGCUCUGAAAUAUGCUGAAAAAGCUCUCGGAGAGCGAGAGAGCGAUCGGGAGAAACAUCAGCAGCAGCAACAACAACAACAACAGAAACAGCGACAGCGAUCGGCGAAAUGAAUCACACGCAAGCUUUGUUUUGCGAAUUAUAAAUUCGCGUUCUCCACACAUGCGAAUUCCCACACUGAGAGCGAGACAGAGAAAGAGGGAGAGCCAGACCAAGACAUAAUAAUAGAACUUUUGCUUUCGGUUCCAACUGGUUCUUGUGUACAUAAGACCAGCGAGUGGGAGGGAGACGGCGAAGAGCGAGAGGGGCAGCUUCCAGCUCUUCUUCUUCCGCGAUCUUCGCUUGGAAUUCAUGGAAACCGGGCGCAUGCGCAAAACAAAAACUCCAAAAGGAAAACAGCGACGUCAGCUGCAUGAAAGGUCUUUAAAGCAAUUUUAACCUAACUACUACGUUACCUGCCAUUACGAAUCAUCAACAAAUCCCACACAUCACAACGAAACGUACAAAAGAGUUAUAUUUAAAUAGCAUCAGAAUGGAUACCUUCAAUGUACCUAUGCUGGCGGAGAGCAGCAGCAACAACUAUGCAACAGAAGCUACCGGCAACCAUCACCACCUGCAACACCAGCAGCAACAUCAGCAACAGCAGCAGCAACUUUUAAUAGCACAUCACCACAAGGAUCAAAUGUUGGCCGCUGGCAGUUCUCCGAUGCUCCCCUUUUACUCCCACUUGCAGUUGCAGCAGAAGGAUGCCUCUGCAGCGAUGGCACCCGCAGCAGCAACGGUUGCAACUGCUGCAACAUCGGCGAGUGCCGACACCUUUAGCUCACUGCAAACGAUCGACGCCAGUCAAUUGGAUGGCGGCAUCUCCCUGAGCGGCUUGUGCGACCGCUUCUUUGUGGCCAGUCCCAAUCCCCACAGCAACAGCAAUAUGACCCUGAUGGGCCCUGCGACAGCGGCAACAACUACUACUAACAACAAUAACAACAGCACCAACAACAAUAACAACAACAACAAUGUGGAGGCUAAGUCAGUGAGGCCAUCGAACGGCAACUCGGUGAUCAUCGAGUCCGUGACGAUGCCAUCGUUUGCCAAUAUUCUAUUUCCCACCCACCGCAGCACCGCCAACGAGUGCAUUGACCCCGCCCUGCUGCAGAAGAAUCCCCAGAGCAGCAGCAGCGGCACCACUAGCAUUAUUGUGCCGCCCGUGGAGUACCAUCAACUGAAGCCACUCGAAGUCCAAUCCUCGACUUCCGUUUCCACCAGCAAUUUCCUGUCCUCCACCACGGCUCAGUUGUUGGACUUCGAGGUGCAGGUGGGCAAGGACGACAGUCACAUCAGCACCACCACCACGGCCCCAGGAUCGGGGUCCGGUGCGGGACCGGGAUCCACCUCAAUAGCAGCCACAGCGGCAGCGCCAGCAACGACAACAGCCAUCAACAACAACACUGCCAAUCCCACGAGGAGCUCAUUGCACAGCAUCGAGGAGCUGGCCGCCAGCUCCUGCGCCCCGAAGACCACGUCGCCCAACAGCAACCACACAAGCAGUGCCAGCACCACGCCGCAGCAGCACCAGCAGCAGCAGCACCACCACCUGCACAGCGGCAACCACAGCGGCUCCAAUCUCAGCAGCGACGACGAGUCCAUGUCCGAGGACGAGUUCGGCCUGGAAAUCGACGACAACGGAGGCUACCAGGACACCACCUCCUCCCACUCGCAGCAGAGCGGAGGGGGCGGUGGCGGCGGCGGCGGGGGCAACCUGCUCAACGGCAGCUCGGGCGGCAGCUCCGCCGGCGGUGGCUACAUGCUGCUGCCCCAGGCGGCCAGCUCCAGUGGCGGCAACAACAACGGCAACCCCAAUGGCGGCCACCUGUCCUCCGGCUCCGUGGGCAACGGCGGCGGCGGCGGCAACGGGGGCUCGGGCGGCGGCGGAGGCGGCCCGGGCAACCCCAUGGGCGGCACGAGCGCCACGCCGGGCCACGGCGGCGAGGUGAUCGACUUCAAGCACCUGUUCGAGGAGCUGUGCCCCGUGUGCGGCGACAAGGUGAGCGGCUACCACUACGGCCUGCUCACCUGCGAGUCCUGCAAGGGAUUCUUCAAGCGCACCGUGCAGAACAAGAAGGUCUACACCUGCGUGGCGGAGCGCUCCUGCCACAUCGACAAGACGCAGCGCAAGCGGUGUCCCUACUGCCGCUUCCAGAAGUGCCUCGAGGUCGGCAUGAAGCUAGAGGCUGUUCGAGCGGAUCGGAUGCGGGGUGGACGAAACAAAUUCGGACCCAUGUACAAACGCGAUCGGGCGCGGAAGCUGCAGGUGAUGCGGCAGCGGCAGUUGGCGCUGCAGGCGCUGCGCAACUCGAUGGGCCCGGACAUAAAGCCAACGCCGAUCUCGCCGGGCUACCAGCAAGCAUAUCCAAAUAUGAACAUUAAGCAGGAAAUUCAAAUACCUCAGGUAUCCUCUCUCACCCAAUCCCCGGAUUCGUCGCCCAGCCCCAUAGCCAUUGCGCUGGGACAGGUGAACGCGAGCACGGGCGGCGUGAUAGCCACGCCCAUGAACGCCGGCAACGGCGGCAGCGGGGGCGGCGGUCUCAACGGGCCCAGUUCCGUGGGCAACGGCAAUAGCAGCAACGGCAGCAGCGGCGGAAACAACAACGGCAGCACGGGCAACGGAGCGUCCGCCGGAGGAGGAGGUGGCAACAACGCGGGCGGCGGGGGAGGAGGCACCAAUUCCGCCGACGGCCUGCAUCGCAACGGCGGCAACGGCAACAGCAGUUGCCACGAGGCUGGAAUAGGAUCUCUGCAAAACACGGCCGACUCGAAACUGUGCUUCGAUUCUGGCACACAUCCAUCGAGCACGGCCGACGCGCUAAUCGAGCCAUUAAGAGUCUCACCGAUGAUCCGUGAAUUUGUGCAAUCGAUCGACGAUCGGGAGUGGCAGACGCAACUGUUUGCCCUGCUGCAGAAGCAAACCUACAACCAGGUGGAGGUGGAUCUCUUCGAGCUGAUGUGCAAGGUGCUCGACCAGAAUCUGUUCUCGCAAGUGGACUGGGCUCGGAACACCGUCUUCUUCAAGGAUCUGAAGGUCGACGACCAAAUGAAGCUGCUGCAGCACUCCUGGUCAGACAUGCUGGUUCUGGACCACCUGCACCAUCGCAUCCACAACGGCCUGCCCGACGAGACGCAGCUGAACAACGGCCAGGUCUUCAAUCUGAUGAGCCUGGGCCUGCUGGGUGUGCCGCAGCUGGGCGACUACUUCAACGAGCUGCAGAACAAGCUGCAGGAUCUGAAAUUCGAUAUGGGCGACUACGUCUGCAUGAAAUUCCUAAUCCUGUUGAAUCCAAAUGUACGGGGCAUUGUCAACCGGAAGACCGUCUCCGAGGGACAUGAUAAUGUGCAAGCCGCCUUGCUGGACUACACCCUCACCUGCUAUCCGUCAGUCAAUGACAAGUUCAGUAGGCUGGUGAACAUCUUACCGGAGAUCCAUGCCAUGGCCGCCCGCGGCGAGGAGCACCUGUACACCAAGCACUGUGCCGGCAGUGCGCCCACCCAGACGCUGCUCAUGGAGAUGCUGCACGCCAAGCGCAAGGUGUAGAGGCCGGGGGAACGUGACACGGAAUACUUAAUCAUUUAUGAAGUGUAAAUAACGAGGCGGGGAGUCCCCACGAGGGCCCACGGCAGCCGGGAUACGGAAGGCGACGGGCGGAGGAUACAGAAAUCCGUAUUUCGAAUAUGGAAUGCAUCAUCACUACUACCACCAACACCACCAACUAUCACACCUAUACACACACAUGCACACAUUUGUUGAUUCAAUGUUAAUUAUUAUUACGUUAACGGUUAGGCCUAGUUUACGUUUAACUAAUUAAUUAAUUUGUCUUAAAUUAAUUCGUGUUUUAUUUGUAGUCCCUGAUAAAGCAAUUUUUAAAACACACCUAAACGUAUAAAUGUAGAUGUAUGGAUAUAAAUUUUAGUAAGGCAAGGAGAACCAGAACCCACUUUCUUUAGGCAUUACAAACAAGGAAAACAAAAGAAGCAUGAGAAAUUUUAUUUUUAUAUACCUAUAUGAAUAGAACUUAUGGAUACAAAUCUAUAUAUAUAUUUUUAUGUAAAUUGGAGUGUGUUUAAGCGUCCUACCACUUUUUAUUUAGAAUUUGGUUCACCAUAGUUUUCAAAUUAGUUCUGUUUCCACUAGCAGAUCGUAUAUUUUAUUUUUUGCGCCAAGUGUCUUGCAUAGUAUUUGCGUCUAAUCUAAUGGCAACAAAAGAGGAAAAUCCAUACAAAGAAAAUGAAAACAAAGCAAAUUUAGGUGUUCAUGGUAUGAAUGUACGUGUAUAUUAUAAUUGUAAUUCAAUCUAAGUGUAAGAAAACAAUGCAAACAACUACCUACAACAAGAUAAUGAAGAGCAAGAAAUUAUAUAAAUUAAUAAAGAUCGAGUUAAAAACUAUAUGGUAAAUAUAUACUUACAUAUAUUUAAAUUUAGCAGUUUCAACUAUUUGUAAAUUUCAACCAAGAUGUAAUUGUUUCAAUGUCAGCAACCAGAGAGUGUAAAGCUUAUAAUUCAAAUACAAAAUAUAUUUUGUGCAAGGAAAAUUAUAACUCAGCUAAAGGGUAAAAACCAAUUAUAAAAAGUAAACACCUAAGCUAUAUAAACCUUUAAAACUAAAAGUAAAAGAUGCUUAGUCAUGAAUUUGGGCAAUGAGACGGGAGAGAAAUCGAAUGAAAGAAAACAAGAAUAUUGUAAAAAUCAAAAAUCGAAAUAAACAAACCAAAUAAACUAUAUUUAAUGAAGUGGAUCAACUUUCAAGUCGAAUAUUAAGUUACCUGGCUUAUAUCUUUUAUUUUUUAAGCUGCUAAUUUGAUUACUCUAUUCUCGGAUUUUCCAAAACAUGUCCUUCGUGUCGUGUGAACCUAAUCAUUGCCUCAAUUCCUGCCUAGGCAUUGCGCUUAAACAAAACGUACCUUAUAAAAUUAAACAAAUAUAAACUCCAGAUUCAGUAAACAGAAACUAAUUACACCACACAUUUCAAAUUUAAAGGCAGCGUGUAAAAAGAAACAAAAGUCGUUAAAAGAUGUAUAAAAAUUGAAGGUAUCAGAAAUUGCAUGAAAAUAAUGGAAAGUUCUGGCAGAUGCAAGAUUAGUAGGGGCAAAAAAUGCAGAAACGAAGCACGACGACACAUCUAUAUAGGUUUACAAUAUACAUUUAGGUCUCUAGUUGGUAUGUAUAACUUCUGUAUGUAUUAUAAAAUGUAAAAAAGCUAACAAAAAUAUGGGUAAUUAAUGUAAAAGUUGACAAGAUAGUGGAUCAGUUAUAUUUAAAGAUGAUAAGUAAAGGGCAAAAUGUUGACGUCUAACGUAACGCUGGCGGCAUGUUGUUGAAAACACGUUAAUAGAGGGGAAGAAACGAGGGAUCGAUAUACACAUACAAAUAUAUAAAUGUUUAUUCAGGUAUGAAUGGCGUUAGGUAUGUUUAUUGUAAAAUUGAUUACGAUGUGAACCUGUUAUUGCAAAUGAAAAGUGAUUUUAACUAUUAAGAAAAUCUAUAUAUAUACUAUAAACCCAUAAAAAUUAAAAAGGAUCUAACAGUUAUACAUUAAAUGAUUAAUAUAAAUGCAAGCAACACACACUUUAAGUUUGAGAAACUGUUAAAAAUGCAAAAAAUCAUUUAACUAGAAACAAAACUACCUAAAACUACAAUGCAUAUUUGAUCAAUUGAUUUAAUAUGCUUUAUUAUUAUGUUAACAUACAAUUUCAUCUCAGAGAUGUUUCAAACAUGCAACCAACAACAACAAAAGCAAAGUGAAAUAAAAAGUAAUUAUUAAAACGA